AUGGACGCCGCGCCGGUGCUGAAGCGGAAGGGCGAGGAGGCGCCCGAGGCGUGGCUGCUCGGCGGGGUCCCCGUCCCCGCCACCAAGAUCCGCCGACUCGACGCGGAGGUGCCGCCUGUCGGGUCCGGCGCGGGCGUGCUGCCACAGCCGCAACAUGCUUUCGGGGUGGAGGCGGCGCGGAUGAGCGGCCACGUGGGGGCGCCGGCCAUCGACGCCACGCCGUUGCUGAAGAGGAAGGGCGAGGAGGCGCCGUGGUUCGACGUCGACGGGGUCCCUGUACCCGCCACCAAAAUCCGCCGACUCGACGCCGAUGUGCCGCCUGUCGAGGCCGCGGUGGGCGUGCCGCUUGUUGAGCCGGGCGUGAGCGUGACGCCGCAGCCUUUCGUGGUGGGGGACUUGCGGAUGAGCGGUAAUGUUGAGCCGCCGGCCGCGGCGAUUGGCGUGGCUGCGCCGGCGGUGAACGAGGAGCGGGCGAUCGUGGUGUACCAGCCUGCCGAGGCCGCACGCAACCUCCUGCACGGACCGCUCCGCCCGGGGGCUUCUCUCCGCGUCAGCCCCGACUGGAUCCAUGGGCUCAAGAGCACCAUGCUGCAAGAGGCUAGCAACUACAGGGCUCUGUUCGAGGAGAUGGCCGCCGGGGACGAUAACCUCAGUCUGGCCAUGGUCCCGUGGGCGCCCGCAAAGGCUCAUGCCCAAGCCGCCUCCAGCUCUACAUCGGCAGCGGAUGAAAUGAUGGACGCUGAUCAGGACGGCGACGGCGCAUCCAUGGAGGUCGAGCACGGCGUGGAGGGCCAGACCGCGCCCCCAGCUGGCGGUGCGCUGCAGGGGGAGGCGUUCCACCACAAUUACCACCAGCAGCAGCAGCAGCACCAGUGGCCGGCGCAGCACUGCGUUGCGUCGCCGCAGCUGCAGCUCCCGGCCUCGAGCUACCAGCCAAGCCCUGUCACGUGGUCGUGGUGA